AUGGAAAACCAAUUGAUGGAAUUAGUUGCCGAACCUUCCGGUGAAUUUAAAAAGUUUACUCGAAUGUCUUUAGAAGAUUUUGAGUACUUACUAAAUAAGGUUUCACCAGUGAUUAUGAAACAAGAUACUCAACUGCGAAAAGCAAUUCCAGCUCGAAUGCGUCUCGCUGUCACGUUAAGAUUCUUGGCUUCUGGAGAUAGUUAUGAAAGCUUGCAUUUCUUAUUCAAAAUUUCACCUCAAUUAGUUUCGGAGAUCAUACCUGAAGUAUGCCUGGCUUUGAAUCAAGUCUUGAAGGAGGAAGUUAAGAUUCCAUCGACCGCAGAAGAAUGGCUAGAUAUCGAAAACGGAUUUGCUCUAAUCUGA